AUGGAGAAGCCCAAGGUUAUUGGACCAGAUGGUCUUUCUCCAAUUAGUCUCCAAAGACAGGCCGAUGUACGCAUUACCACUGAGGUGAUUUACGAUGUGAUUACCAAUUGCAAAAUGAUAAGCCUGGAGGAGAGCGUCCAUGCCCCUGUGGCUGUUCGCAACAAGGCGCGUGCUGAUCGCAUUGCUGGUGUGCAAACUGUCUCGUCUUGCCUGAAUUCACGUCGCUUCGCCCAGCUGGAGGACAAGAAAGCUGCUGCUUCUCGUGUCACGGCUUCGCGCAUCCCCGCUCCCGCUCAGAAGCAUCUUGGCAUUGAUCCUCGCGCCAAGCCCUUUGUCCCGGCUGCCACCCAGGCUGCUGGACUCAAGGAUGAAGUCGCUCGUGCACCUAUGAAGAUGAAUCCCGGCGAGGCCAUUGAUGGGCCCAACAAAGCCACUCCCGACAAUGCCAAUGGCGAGAGGAAGGAUGCAGACAACAACUCCGUCGCUAGUUCCAAGGCUUCCCGGAAGGCUGAAUCCACUGAAGAUAAGGAAUCCAUUGGUUCUCCCCCGAAGCCGCGAGGUCUGACUGCCCCGGCUGAUUUCAUGAAACAAGUCCGUUUGCUCCACCUCCAGAAGCAGAUGGCCCCCAAAGUUGUGCCGGCUGGACCUCCUCGCCGAGUUGUUUUCGGAAAUCUUCCUGAGUGGGCAAAUGUCUCCAGCAUCUUGCAGCUCGUCUAUGGUGGUAUCAUCGAGCGUGCUUGGGGUGAAAAUGGCGAAGUCGUUGUGCAGUUUGUGGAGCAAGAUGACUGCGUCAAAUACUAUGAGAACCACUCCGAUGGCAUCCAAUUGAAGGAUGGCGAUGAUGACCUCACCAUAUCUGUUACCAUGCCGGAGGAAGGUCUUUCGGACAACGUCGAGCUUUCGAUUCGCGUCGAAGAGGGUGCUUCCCGUGUCAUAUGUCUCUCCGGCCUUCCCACUGGCUUCAAGACGAGUGACAACGACAACGUCUUGGGUAUUGCCGCCGACCCGGUCUGGCAUAGCAAGAGCUUCGAGCGCAUUCUGAUCAAGCAGGCUGAGUCUGGUGUCGAUGUUCAAAUCUUCUUCUACGACCUCCACGACGGCUGGGACGUCUUGCAAAGCAUCAAGGAGGGAGCGUACGACUGCACUGCCAGCUUUGAAGUUGAUCCAUGCGCUCUUGCUGAGGGGUUCCACUUCAUGGAUGAGCCCAACUUGAUGUUCUCUGGAAUCCUCGCUGUGGACUAG